CAGCUGUUGUUAGCGACAUAUUGGCCAAACAUCAGAACUGUGCACAAUCCACUAAAUAGUUCAUAAAAUGAGCCUUUCAAGUGCGGUGAACUGGUGGGAAGAGUGGCAGCUGCGCAUCCUUGUGUUAGGCAGCCUCGUCAUUCAGUUGUACCUCGCAAUAUUUGCCCCGAUUCGUAAGAGCCCCAGCCUCAGUCACUUGUGUAGACCUCUUAUCUGGCUGUCGUAUCUCGGUGGCGAUGCUCUUGCAAUAUACGCCCUAGCCACACUCUUCAACCGCCAGAAAAAGCUACAAUGUCAUCCCUCUUAUGUGGUCGCUGGUAGUCACGAUCUAGAGGUGCUAUGGGCUCCCAUCUUACUGAUACAUUUGGGUGGACGGAUGACCAUAUCAGCCUACAACAUCGAAGACAAUGAGCUCUGGCUACGACACAUUGGGGUCGCAGUCUCUCAGGUCUCGGUAACUGUCUAUGUGUUUACCACGUCGUGGUCGCCCUCAGCUGACAAGAGGUUAUUAGCUGCAGCCAUUCUGCUGUUUGUCCUUGGGGUUUUCAGAUGCUUUGAGAAGCCCUUUGCUCUCAGGAGGGCUAGCUUUAGUAACUUAGUCACCUCUUUCCAUCCGGCCCCGUGGACUGAGACUACCAACAGAGAAGUAGUGCUUGAAAAGUACAUACAAGAAGCAGCGGACUUUGUCCAACGCAACCAAGGGCCUCCAACAUUGGACAUGGCUGAAAAGCAGGAUCACUUGCAGCGGCUCUCUUGGCAUGACAUGCUAUUUGUGGACUUUGCAUAUGCCUAUGAUGACCGUUUUGAGAAGCUGAAAUCCUUUUGGCUCCUGGAUGCCGAAACAGGGUUUGAAGCGCUACGUCGAGGGCUCUCCAACACAUUCAAUAUUAUUUACACAAAGCUCUGGCAACUCCGUGAUGAAAACAGAGAUGUAGAUUUUUUGGGUGGCAUGUUUUCGAUCCUUUUGUUUACUAUUACAACGACAUUUCCAAUCGCUUCCAUAAUCCUCUUCCACGUCAGCAAAAAAGAAGGUUACAGGGGAAGCGAUAUCAAGGUUACAUAUUUGUUAUUGUACAUCACAUAUUUUUCGGAGAUUAUCUCAGCACCUGCAAGAUUACAUAUGGACUGGAGAACCCGUCUUCCUAAAUGGCGUGCAAGAUUACUUUGUCCCCGCCGGCCAGUCAUGGUUGCCCAACAUAGCCUUAUAGGAGGAGGAUUGUUGGCUCGUGACAAUAAGUACUCAAUUUUAUUGAGCAUUGGAAAAUGUUUCAAAUGCCAAGAUUUUCUUCGCCAGCAUAUUGGCCGGGGGUACUCACCCAAGGGAGAGGGCAUUACAAGCAUGGUUCGUGAUCAUGUUAAAGAUGGAUGGAUAUUUUAUAUAAGAGAUGUUGAGAGUUAUUGGGAGUUCAAUGAUUCCAGGGGCCACUUGUCUCUUGAGCACAAUGUAUGUGAAGAGAACCUUGGAUGGAGUAUAGAGAAGCCAUUUGAUGAGAGCAUCAUUAUCUGGCAUGUGGCCACAGAUUUUUGCAUCCAUCGUAAGCCCAAUGGCCCAGCUGUUGAUUCUAAAUCUGCUAGAAUUAUUUCCAAUUACAUGAUGUAUCUGUUGUCUGCUAAACCUGAGAUGUUGUUGCCUGGAAGUAGAAUCACUCUGUUCAACACCGCCAGCAAGGAAAUCAGCGACAUCCUCCAAGGUGACGAUGGUGUAUCACCCUUAGACAAGAAACAACUCACGGAAAAUAUAAUAAAUAAGGCAGAGAAAUCUGAAGUGGGUUUUCUUCAUGAAGCUUGGCUGCUUGCUGAAGCUCUGAUGCAAUUAGGUGAUGAUGCCAAGAUGUGGGAAGUAAUCAGAGGUGUAUGGGUCGAGAUGCUCUGCUUUUCUGCAGGUAGAUGCAGGGGUUACCUGCACGCCAAGAGUCUUUGUAUCGGGGGCGAGUACCUCACCUUUGUGUCGCUCCUGAUGUCACAGGCGGGACUGGAGAUUUUUCCAGACAAGCAGCAGAGGAUGAAGCUUCGCCUUCCCAAAGAGCAGAGGGUGUCCAUCGCAAAGCAAAUGAUAGAAGAAGCUAACCAACCUGCUGCCAUGGUUCUUGUGUUUGGAGAAGAAAACGCUGCCACUCAGCCAUCGGCUUCCCAAGAUGUUGUUGUCGCUGAAGUAUAAGGGAAUUAUCCGUUUUUCUCAUCAACUAGUAUCGAGGUCUCGAGUUACAAUUGUCGAUGCCUUUGAACAGCUCCACCCUGCUCACUUUCUAUGGAACAUUGUUGCUUUCUUUCGUCUUGUUGUAAUAUCCAAUAAAAGUUUAUGUAAUGUCUAUGCCGGCUGACCUUGGCAUACAUGCAUGUAACAUGUCUUGUAAUCUUGUUUCAAAUUUCAAUAAUUCACUACUAGUAUAAGAAACACUCA